UAAACAUUUCUUGUACUUUUUGCUGCAAAUUUAUUUAAUUAUUGUUAUUUUUACACUUGAGGAUGGGUUCUCGUGGUAAAUUUGAAACUGAAAAAUUAAAAAAGAAUUUAGAAGCACAGUUAGAUAGGCUGGUCCAGCAAUUGGAAGAUAUAGAAGAAAAUCGAAAUUUAGUGAGUGCAGCUGCCUAUGAAGACGCUAUGCAGAUUACAAAAGAAGAUUUACGAGAGUUCAAUGAAAGUUUACAAAGAAUAAUAUCUGGUGAUACAACAUUAGUUGAUCAAUUGGGUGCAAUACAACUAGCAAUUCAAGCAGCAAUUAGUGAAGCAUUUAAAACUCCUGCUGUUAUCAGAAUGUUCGGAAAAAGGGAAACAUCACAACUUAGAGAGCGAUUGGCUCAAAUUGAUUAUGAUAUAAAGCUUGGAAAAUUAAGUAAAGAAGUCAGUGAUCGUCAACGUGGAGAAGUAUUAAAUGCAUUAAGGCAACUUGGAGAGAAAUUGGAACCUCAAGAAUUACAACUAUUGGAAAAACUGAUGCUUAGUAAUAUUGAUACAACAAGUUAUGUACAAGUAUCUGAAAAUGUAGAAAAAGGUCGUAUGGCUAUGGCAGUAGUAGGCGAUGAAGUCAGAACACAAAAUAUCUAA